AUGAGAAGGCUCUCGAGAUGGAUGGACACCCCGCCUUCUGAAGAACCCUUAGAGGCGCAGAACAAAACCCUGGACAUCCAGGAAGAGGAGAUGGGGUUUAAGGAAAUGGAUGGCCUGAGGGAAGCCUUGGCAAACCUCCGGGGCCUGUCCGAGGAGGAGAAGAGCGAGAAGGCCAUGCUCCGCUCCCGCAUCCACGAGCAGUCCCAGCUCAUCUGCAUCCUGAAGCGGAGGGCCGACGAGGCCCUGGAGCGCUGCCAGAUCCUGGAGCUGCUCAACACGGAGCUGGAGGAGAAGGGGGAGCUGGAGGCCGAGAAGCUGAAGGCCAAGAGCGAGCAUGCUCGGAAGCUGGAGGACCGCUUCAUGACCCUGGCGGCCAACCACGAGGAGAUGAUCCGCUUCAAGGACCAAUACAAGAGCGAGAACGCCAAGCUGCGGGAGGAGAACGAGAGGCUGAGGCUGGAGAACAGCAGCCUCUUCAGCCAGGCCCUGAAGGACCAGGAGGCCAAGGUCCUGCAGCUCACGGCCGGGAGCGAGGUCCUGGCCAAGGAGCUGGAGGCUCUGAAACAGAGGUGUGCCCAGGAUGCCCGCCGGGCACAGGCCCGCGAGGAGGAGCUGCUGCAGCUGCAGAGCCAGCAGGCCAGCGCCCACGCCAAGGAGGCCGAGCAGCUGCGUGGCCAGCUGCAGAGCCUCCAGCAGCAGCACCAGCAGGCCACGGAGCAGACGGCCAAGGCCGAGCAGGCGCACAGCAGCCUGAGCCAGGAGCUGCAGGCCAGGCUGCAGACGGUCACGCGGGAGAAGGAGGAGCUGCUCCAGCUCUCCAUGGAUAGGGGCAAGGUGCUUCAGACCAAGCAGGCAGAGAUCCGCCAGCUGGAGGAGAAGCUGGAGGCAGCCGAGGUGGCCAGGCGGCAAGCGCUAGAGCGGUUCGAGCAAGAGGCCGUGGCCGUGGACAGUAACUUGAGAGUCCGGGAACUCCAGCGCAGGAUAGACGGGAUCCAGAAGGCCUACGAGGAGCUCAGGCUGCAGUCGGAAGCCUUCAAAAAGCACAGCCUGGAUCUUCUAAGCAAGGAGAAGGAACUCAAUGCCAAACUCCGCCAUCUCUUUCCGUAG